CGUCCUCCCUCUCUCUGCUCAGAGUGAGCUGUGCUCCUCUGGUUUAUUUUGAGGUGGUCUUAUCACAGCUGUUGUAUCUGUGGUGGCAGCCUGUCCAAGCCCCUCGACACUCUUCCCUUUCCCACUCUGGCCCUUGGUCCUGAAAACCAGCUGUUUCCCUCUCAGUACCAGCUCAGAAUAAUGGAGGCCUGUCAGAUGAGCAGCCCUGCACCCGUGGGUCCGGAGGCGCCGCCAGCCGAGGGUCAGCACAUCGACCUGACAGAGGACCUGGCCCAGCAGCUGGAGGACAUCAUUAGCACCUACCAGGCCGAGAUUCCCGCUGAGCCAGAGGACGCCGAGGAGGUCACAGCCGUCAAGGAGGCAGACACCCGCAAGGACCAGAAACUGGAGAAGAAGAUGCUCAAAAAUCUAGGGAAGGAGGCCAUGCUGCUGAUGCAGAGUCUGAACAAACUCAACACUCCAGAGCAGAAACUGGAAGCAAUCAUCAAGAAGCACGCUGAGCUGCUGGAGGAGCAUCGCAGUGAUCAGAAGCAGCUGAAGGUCCUGCAGAAGAAGCUGCUGCAGGUGAUGAAGGAGAAGGACCAGCUGCAGAGCGAGCACAGCCGGGCCGUGCUGGCUCGCAGUAAACUGGAGGGACUCUGCCGAGAGCUGCAGCGGCACAACAAGACCUUAAAGGAAGAGACCCUGCAGAGGUGCAGAGAGGACGACCUGAAGAGGAAAGAGAUCACCACCCACUUCCAGGGGACGCUGAGCGACAUCCAGGCCCAAAUCGAGGAGCACAGCACCCGCAACACCAAGCUGUGCCAGGAGAACAGCGCCCUGGCAGAGAAACUGAAGGGGCUCAUAUCGCAGUACGACCAGCGAGAGAAGAACCUGGAGAAGGUCUUCAAACACAGAGACCUGAAAGAAAAGCUGCUGGAGACCAAACUCACGCAGGCCAACGUGCUGCUGAAGGAGGCCGAGGAGAAGCACAAGCUGGAGAGAGAGCUUAUGCUAAAACAGGCGACGGAGUAUAAACUGAAAGUGAAGGUCAUGAAGGAGCAGGAAAUCGAUAUGAGGACCCAGCUCGAUAUGUACUCCAAGAAGUUUGAUGAAUUCCAGGGCACGGUAUCAAAGAGUAACAGCGUCUACAGCGGCUUCAAACAGGACAUGGACAAAAUGACCAAGAAAAUGAGAAAGCUGGAGAAAGAGUGCCAGUCGUGGAAGUCUCGCUUCGACGGCUGCAACAAGAGCCUCCUCGACAUGGUGUCGGAUAAAGCCAUCAAGGAGAAGGAGUUUGAGCUCGUCACCAUCAAGAACCAGAAGCUUGAGAAUCUGUGCAGGGCUUUGCAAGAGGAGAGGAAGAGCCUUUACGACAAGGUGCAGGGAGCCGGAGACAAACCAGACGGUAAGACCAGCGAACCAACGGAGAAGGAGGAGCCUGAGGUGCUGCCGACCCCUGAAGUGCCCAAAGACGACCGACCCGUCCAGAGCACCGCGGCCUCCGCUGCCACACCAACGAUCGAAACUCCACUGGCCAAGGAACUGGCCAAACUGAAGUCUGAGCAGGCCCGUCUGCAGGAGAUCGCCGGCUCUUUCACAAUCUCCCACAUUAUACCCACGGAAACAGACGUUAGCCAAUCACAAGGACUCUCUGAGGGCGUCCAGGAGCCAGAGGAGAACCACAUACAGGAGAGCAACGGGGAACACCCCCAGGAAGCCCAGGAGGACGGAGAACAAGAACAGAGAGAUCUGGAAAUGCAGUCUGUUGAUUAACGCAGAAACUACCGUGGAGAAUUGUACCUGGUUCAUGUGAGAUUCAUAGCAAUAAAAAGAAAAAUGCUGGCUUUA